CAUCCGACCUUCCCUCCGUACGCCAUGAGGCGGUACAGGCGUGGCUGGAGACGGUCCCUGGAGCUCUGUGUGAGGAGAAUGAUGUGGAGGACGAGCUGGGCACAGAGCCUGCAGACACAGAAGGGCAGGCAGGAGAAGAGGGAGACACGGGUGCAGAGCUGGAUGACGAUGACAUCCCAUCUGAUGCAGAAGCGGAGUUUCGCUUACAUCAAGGUGGUGUAGAAGAGCCAGAACUAAAAGUCUCUGAAGAUGAAGAAGAUGAGGAAGGAGCAGAAGGUGCUUCUUGCAGCGUGACAGGAGAUCCAUGCAAGCUGUCCAUCCCUGUCCAGUCACCUAGUGACAGUGUUCUUCCUCCAUCUCCAGCUGAUAGUCCCAAAGCAAAACAAGCAGAGGAUGUAAAAGAUCCCCUGGCUGAAGUAUCCCGUGUAUUAAAAUCUCCAGGGACACGCUUUUUUCCUGAGCCUUUCAUUCUGGAAGAAAGACCAAAGGAUGAAAUUCCCAAAGACAGGAAAGUUAAGAGCCCUUUGGUGCCACCAUCUCCAGUGUUAUCCCAGCCAGUUGCAUCACCAGAAGCCAUUGUACCCACAUCACUAGCAGAGUCUCAGCCAGCAGCACCAACCUUGGCUUCAUCCCCAACAUCUGCUCAAAUGCCUAUCUGUUCCCAGCCUUUGCCUUCUACUGAAACAUCCAUUCCAUCCCCAGUGGAGCCUCCAGUAUGUUUCCAACCUGUCCCAGCCUUAACGUCUACUCCUUUAGCCAAACUGGUCCUUAGGGGCCAGGAUAGUGGGGUGGAAAAACUGGGGAGCCCUACUACAGCAGAAGAAGCUCUGAAACGGAGUAACCUUGUGGAAGAGUUCUGGAUGAAGAGUGCUGAAAUCCGGAGGAGCUUAGGGCUCACCCCAGUAGACAGAAACAAACGCUCAGAGACGAACUUUCCUGUAUCUGCCCUUGAGACAACUCCUCUGAAGACUUUUAAUAGUGAGAAUGUUUCAGGGGAUGAAAGGCUCCAUCUUGUGAAACCCCAGCCGGCCCCAAGAAGACAGGGACUGUCCAAGUUAGAGAAUGAGCAGAUUUCUCUGCUCACUCCAAAAUCUCCGUCAGAAAAAGAGCUGAAGAGUUCCAAUGAAGUAAGGAGAGAUGUAUCCAGCAGUUCUGGACUUGGCCUUCAGGAGAGCUCAUCUAACAUGAGAACUAUGGCUAGCCAGAGCUUCAACACUUCUGACUCUACCAUGCUUACUCCUCCGUCAAGUCCGCCACCACCACCUCCUCAGGAUGAAGAACCAGCCACUUUGCGUAGAAAGAGGUAUCAAGCAGUCUGGCAGAAUGAGGUUGAAGCCAGGUCACCUCCAACACCAGCAUCGACACCUCCUGCUCCCCCAUGUCGUGAGCCAACCUCUGCUGCCAAAGAGUCGACCCAGGCCAAAAAAGAUGAUGUGAGGAAGUCUUUUGCAGAGAGCGUGGAUGAGAUUCCAUUUGCUGAUGAUGUAGAAGACACAUAUGAUGACAGGACAGAGGACUCAAGCCUUCAUGAGAAGUUCUUUACACCUCCUACCAGUAGGCCAAGGCCAGAGAAACCACUUCUUUUGCCCUUGGUCAAAGAAAAUGGUGGUCCACCCUCAAUGGAAGGAGGGGUUAACCAAAAGAAGAGAGCAUUGCCUGAAAUUUCUGCGGAGGCCAAGGAGCUUGCUGAAGAAAGAAUGAGAGCCAGAGAGAAGUCUGUCAAGAGCCAAGCACUGCGUGAUGCCAUGGCUAAACAGUUGUGUAAGAUGAGAGAUAUGGAGAUGGCUGCAGCUGCUGCUGCUGGGGCCAUGAGGGCACGAAAGGCAUCUUCUAUGCCCUUGAAGACCAAAGAGUUGUUUUAUGACUCCCCAAAGCAUCUGGCCUUGAAAAUAGCAGAGGGAUCCACACGAAAGCAUGAUGCUGCUAGUGAGAAGUUCUCCACUCCUGCUGCUGAUACGGCUGGACCAGAAGGGUCUGUCACCUCUUCAGAAGGCUCCAGUGGGAAGAGUAAGAAAAGAACUUCUCUCUUCUCCCCUCGUAAGAACAAAAAGGAGAAGAAGUCUAAAAAUGACAGCAGGCUUUCUGACAAAUCUAGUGGUGGGACAGAGGAAGCAACAAAGCCUAGGUCAUUAUGGAAGUCUGUUUUCUCUGGGUAUAAGAAAGACAAGAAGAAAAAGACUGAUGACAAAUCCUGCCCAAGUACCCCCUCAAGCAGUGCCACUGUGGAUUCUGGCAAGCACAAAGCUUCUCCCUUGGUGACAGCUGCAG